CUAAUUUUUGCAUAAGUUCUCUUUGUUUUUGUGAUUUACUUAUUUUGUUUAGUUAUUAGUCAUUCAAGUACAUUUUUAAGCUAACCGUGUUUAGUUAUUUUUGCUAGUUAAAUUUCUGUAUAUGUUUUCCUUCCCUCUUCCUCAGUGUGUUAGUCUGGUCUGAUCAGCCAGUAUUUAGGUCCCCUUUGUUUGUUGUGUAGGAGGUCAGUUUGUUUGUUUGAGCAGUUAGUUUGAGGUUUUGUUAUGUUUAACCCUGAUUUUUUUGUCUUGAGUUUAGUUUCUUUAUUGGACCUCUUUUAAGGGCACUAUAACCGUUAUUUAAAUUGUGUUAUUUUGGGGAAAUAAAACCCAUGUUCUUUGAAAAUUAUUACUGUGUCCUCAUGCUUGACCGGCUCUGUCCCUCACACAUGGUGUCAGGAGUGGGAUUUGCCAGUUGAGGACAGUUUUUUUUGUUUUUGGCAGUUUUCUUAUGCCCAGUUUUUGUUUUUUUUUUGCUUUUUUGACUCUCCAUGUUUUUCUCUUUUUGAUCAUGCACCGUGGAGCCAGGAAAAACAAACCAGAGACCCAACUAACAGAGGAACCAUGUGCUGGAGAAGAGGAAAUGGAGGCUGGAGCUUCUACAAUGGCAGCAGACCCUGGGGGUGAAGAUGAUAAAGAACCAACACUGAGAGACCUGACUGGGAUUUUGCAGGCAUUCAUGGGCCAGCAGGAGGCACGGGAGGUAAAAUUAAACCAAGAAUGUGAGAUACAGGAACAGCGGUUUAAAGCCUUAAAACAUCAGUUUCAGCUACUACAAAUGGAAGUGCAGGCCCGCACAUCUCCACUCCCUGAACCCUCUUCAACUAAUCCAGAAACACGGGAGGAUGACUAUGAAGUUGUUCAGCGGGCCCAGGCUAUAUCUGCACCAGUCAAUAUAUCUUCAGGUCAGUCGCAAUUUUCUCUCGAGCCAAAGUUGCAGAAAUUGACAAGUGAAGAUGAUAUUGAACAUUUCCCUGUUACAUUUGAAAGAAUUGCAGCUGCCUGUAGAUGGCCAAAAGCAGACUGGGUUUUUCAGCUUAUUCCUCUCCUUACGGGUAAGGCAAGAAGUGCCUAUGUUCAUAUGGAUGUUGAUGAGACACUAAAUUAUGAUAAUGUGAAAACGGAAAUUAUGAAGAAGUAUGACAUUAAUCCAGAGACCUAUAGACAAAGGUUUCGUUCUCUGUAUGUUUAUCCUGCUGAGAGCCCCAAUGAGCUGUAUGUGAGGCUAAAGGAGUUGUUUGGAAAAUGGAUUCUACCCAGAGGUAAAACCGUGGAAGAAAUUGGUGAAAUAUUAAUCCUGGAACAGUAUUUAAGAAUGUUGUCCCCUGAGCUCCAGGUGUGGAUAAAAGAGCAUGAUCCGAAAUCAGCUGCAGAAGCCUCCACCUUCGCUGAUGUGUUUGUGGCUGCUCGAAGGAAGGGCCAGACAUGGAGUAACACUUCCUUUAAAGACAAGGACACCUGCAGGCCAGCUCCAUCUCGGCAUCAACAGGGUUCAGCAACAGGUGUGAGUAAAAUCCCUGCCAGAAAUGAACUGCCUGCAAAUAUUCAUAAUAAAUUUAAUAAAAGAAUUCCAGUUUGUGGGCUGGAAGGGCACAUCAAACCUAUGUGUCCACAAAACCCUUUAAAACUGACCCAGAUGUCAGUUUGUGCCAUGCCAAGACUCGGAUGUAAAACAAGAAAAGGGAUUUCCAAUGAGAAUGACCACAGUAAAAAUCAAUGGGAGAAGACAUAAAGCCUUGAUUGAUACUGGCAGUUCUCAGACCUUGGUUCACAGACAACUUGUACCAAGUAGAAUGUGUACUUAUGAGACCAUCCCAAUCUGUUGUGUGCAUGGUGAUGAGAAGCCUUACCCUACAGCUGACAUAUUUAUUGAAGUACAAGGACAACCGUAUUUAUUGAAUGUAGGUGUGGCUGAUAACCUGCCAUUCCCAGUAGUUUUGGGUGAAGACCUGCCAGUGCUCUAUGAUUUGUUAAAACCAGCAAAAGACUAUAAUGUGGCUAUUACGAGGACCAAAGCUAAAGAAGUGAAUGAGCAUCUUCCAACUUUGAGUACCUUACCUUUCUUUGAGGCUGACUUAGAAACUAAACCCGGGAGAUCUAAGAAAUCAAGAAGUCAAAGAAAGCUAGAGAAGUUUAGAGGUACUGUUGUAAAGUUGCCAGAUGAGGCUACCCCUGAUGAACCAUUGGGAUUUCAAAUGCCAAUAAACAUCAUUCAAGUGCAACAAAAUAA